CUUUUCAUAGUUCGGCGUCGUGGCUGGUCGUCAGUGUGAAACUCUGUCACUGUUGAAAUGUUUUUUUCUUGUUUUGUCUGUUUUUAACUAGAUCAGCUGGCUUCAGUCAGACUAGCUGAGGGUGGAGGAGUCUGCUCAUCUCCCAGUUCUCUGAGCUUGCUGUGGAUUUUUCUUGAAGCUAUGGCAGCAACUAUUGACCUGACGCACGAUGGCACACUUUUGGUGGCUAUGGAGUCGACAGCUUGUGACCCUCACCACACUGCCUUACCAGAACUUUCUGGACUUUCCUCCAUCACUUCACAGAGCGAGUCAGUAGAUGGUUCUGAGCAGCAACUUCGAGUCUACCUCAGGGUUCGUCCCUUCAGUAAAGAGGAGCUCAGUAAUAACGAGGACCAGGGCUGUGUAGUUUUGGAGAGCACAGAAACUGCUGCACUUUAUGCUCCCAAAGGUUCUGCUACCAUGAAGAGCAGCGAGAAGGGCAUUGGCCAGCAGCUUCACAAGUUCAGCUUCACCAAGAUCUUUGGGCCAGAGUCAACUCAGACAGAAUUCUUUGAUGGAACAAUCAAAUCUCAAGUACAGGACUUCCUGCAAAGCAGAAAUGCAUUGGUGUUCAGUUAUGGAGUAACCAAUGCUGGCAAGACCCAUACCAUACAAGGUUCUCAGAAGGAUCCUGGGAUUUUGCCACGAGCUCUGGAUGCAGUGUUCAGGCAUAUCAGUGGGCGGAUGUAUGAACACAUGGACCUGAGGCCGUAUCUGAGCUCAGAUGUGCAGAAACUGGACCCAGAUCAGCUCAGAGCAGAGAGAUGUGCCAAAGCAGCGCUCUUCAGUCUGCUCAAAGAGGAGUCGGAGUCAAUCAGAAAUGGCCAGAGUAGAAGCUCCUCCUCUUCCUCAAUCAACAGUCUCUCUUUCUCAGGAGUUUCUUAUGACCAGACAGUGGACAGCACCGAGGUAGCUGUGGAUGAUGUGCCGUCACUUUACUCUUUAUGGGUCGCUUAUUAUGAGAUCUAUAACGAGCAUGUGUAUGACCUGCUUCAGCCACCUCUCACCAACAAGACAAAGAGGCGUCCCGCACUGCGCGUGUGUGAGGACAGCACUGGAAACUCCUAUAUUAGAGAUCUGAGGUGGGUUAAUGUACAGACACCUGAGGAGGCGAGUAAAGUGCUGCGUGUAGGGAAUAGGAACCGCAGUGCUGCUGCCACCAAAAUGAACCAGUCAUCCAGCAGGAGCCACAGCAUCUUUACAAUCAAGCUGAUGCGCCUGGACGGAGGUGAUGUCCAGGGAAUGUCAGAGCUUUCUUUGUGCGACCUGGCUGGAUCAGAGAGAUGCAAUAAGACCAGAACGUUUGGAGAGCGUCUGAAGGAGGCAGGAAACAUCAACAACUCUCUACUUAUCCUGGGCAAGUGCAUUGCAGCCUUACGCAACAACCAAAAUGACAGGGUGAAGAGCAGCUACGUCCCGUUCCGCGAGAGCAAGCUGACCCGCCUCUUCCAGGGCGUGUUCUGUGGCCGUGGUAGAGCCUCUAUGAUUGUAAACAUCAAUCAGUGUGCGUCCACUUAUGAUGAGACACUUCAUGUCAUGAAGUUCUCCGCAGUGGCUAAAGAGGUGCUUCAGGUGAUCCCAUCCCGCUCUCUUGAGUCUCUGGCACCACGUCUGAUUGGUCGGGAUGGUAAACCUUUGUUAAGCAACCAGGAGAUUGAUGGCCAACAUAUGGAUGACUUCAUAUCAGAGGACGAGCUGUUGGAUGGCGAUGAAGAGGCUGACAUGUCCAUAUUACCCCAGGAGGAUCUGCUGAAUUUGGUGGAAAGUCUGCGGGCAAAGCUGUUUGCAGAACGGAAGAAAAAUCUGCUGCAGGAGAUUCAGAUACGCAGGGAGAUGGGUGAUGCCAUGCAGCAGGAAAUCAUGGAGAUUGAGGAGUGUCAUAGUCGUCAGAUGGCUGAUUUGAAGGAGAGUUAUGAGGAGAAGAUGGACAGCACAUUUGAGUUGUAUAAAGAAGCGCUUAAGGAGCAUGCCUACCAGUGUGCUCUGGACCGGCUGGAAGACGACUAUGUCCCCAUAGAGGAAUACACAGCAGAGCAGGACCGGGCCAAGGAGCUUGAGAGGCGUGUGAAUGAAUUAGAAUGGAAGCUGAACGGUUCUGCACCUGCUGCUGCUUCACCUUUUCAGCAGGACGGGUCGACACAGACUGACCCAAUUCAGCCAAACACUGAGGAGACAGAUACUGAGAGGUUCAAGCAUCUCUACAAGGAGAAAUCUGCUGUGGAACAGUUGUGUGCUGAAAAACAAGAGUUGAUUGUGUCUCUUGAGAAGCGGAUCCGUGACUUGAAUGAGACUCUGCAGGAAGCUGGAGAAAGCUACAUGGAGAAACUAACAGAGGUCCAAAAUCUGCAGAACAGGCUGAACAAUCAGGAGCGAGAUGCUGAGCGUUUGCAGCGUGAGCUCACUGAUAAAGAGGCAGAAGUGUAUGCUCUGAAGGAGGAGCUGGCCAAACUGACCACGGACUCUGCAGGACAGUCUCGUCCAAAGCGGGGACUGCUGGUUAACAUCAAGGAAUCGAUGUCAACUCCAUCUUCUGGAAACCUGUGCCGCACAAUCCGAAAGUCUGUCCGGACUACAACUUCUCUGCGGAAAAAACCCAACUGACUGGCCAAAAUGUGCUGCGUGUAUGACUAAGCAGGUGACUGUUUUUAUGUAAUGUCUUUUUUAAUGUAUUUAAUAAAAUUUGACCACUACCAAAAUGUGGUCCUUGGUUAAAUUUGCUUGCAUGAGUGAGGUGGGUGAUAUUUAAUAAAUGAAUAAAAACAAAAAUACUUCAAUAAA